AAAAUGUGUUUCUAAAAGAAAUUGGGUUUGAGGAAAGCAGUCGCAUACCAAUCCCCAAUUCACACUUCAAACGGACAUACUCGUAGAUCAGUUCGAUGGCGUGGAAAGCAGCAUAUUUUGUGUUGUUAAGCACAUUAUGCGUCGCGACAUUGGCUCGUCCCACACAGCUGGAUGAUAUUUUUGAAGGAUAUUUAAAAAAUGUGAAUCUCUAUAAUCCUGAAAAGCAAUCGCCGGUACUCAAACGCCGCAUCUACGAGGAUAAUCAAGACGCAGGUCUAAAGAAGGUGUCACUACAAUCGCUAAUUGGUGAUUUAGAGCAGAAUUUCUUCAGAUCAGCCUCUAAUGCCGGCAGCUCUGUACUUCAAACCACAGAAACACCCGACGUCUCUACUAACCCCAACGACAGUCAUCCAGUACUCAAACGAAAAACGGAAAAUGAUGAUAUUAAGAAAACUAAUGUGCAAUACAAAAAAGAGAGCGUUGAGGAAACGACAAGUGCUGAUUCGGUGGAAACAACAACAGAGAAGUUUUCGAGUGAGGAAACUGGCACCAGCCGUCUACAAGUCGAGCACAUUUCUGUGCAACCGCACUUCGGCGAUCUACCCAUUAUACCCACGUUCCAGGUUCAUCACACAAAAGUUAUAUCGGCUACUUUCAAGGAUACAAGUCCCGGCCCAACCCAAAUAACUAUAACAAAGACAAAUAUUCACAAAGCGCCUGUAAGUCACAAUGAGCAGGGAGAUGUAGUCAAAGAAGAAGCAACUACAGUGGAGCCCAAAGAUCACACGGAGAAAGCUAUUGUUUCCAAUGAACCUGAAUCUGCACCAACUGAGCCCAUCUUGCCAAACAAAACGAAGAAAACUGUGUCGGAAUUAAAGGAGACUGAAGCAGAACUUAAGGAAAAAGUCGCGGAAAUUGAAGCAGAGCCAAUUAUACUAUCCGCAAGAGUUUAAAUUUGUGCACUUGAAGUAAAAGAAAAAUUUUAUAUACCAUCAUAUAAGUAUGUAUAUACAUAUAAAUAUCUAUAUAGAUACUAAUAUAUUGACGUGUAUGAAUUAUUGAAUUAUAUACAGUGAAUAUGA